UGCGUGGAUAGAUGAGGUCACAGGCUGCCGUGCGGGGAAUGGAAUGUGUUAGAGUGUAGCGAUCGGAACCGGGGGGCGCCUUCUGCAGCCGAACUCUGCUGUCUCCGACCUUCUGCGGAUCGAACGCCGCUGCCGCCAGCAUUCGGACGUCGGAACCCGGCUCCUUUAUCCCGCGAGCUCGUCGGCAGCUGAGUGUGGGAAGGAGCCAGAGCCGGGAAUGCAGAGCCAUGCAGGGAUUUGUCAGGCUACCGGGCUCCAUCGCAGGCGUGUAAGGUGUUUGUGAACCGGGCUUGGCUCGCGCUGCCGCCAGUAACCCCCGGGCUGCACGGAACUCCAUUCCCCGGAUGCUCCCGGUAAAGUUGAUGGAAGCGUACUGUUUACCCGUUACCGGGGAGGGUUCCUAACGCUCCAAGCUGGAGUUUAUCUGGUUCCUGGAUACGGACGUUGCACAGCCUCAUCUGCCCCUACCCCGGGCAUCCCUUUAAAUUACCUACCCCCCCGGCCCCCCAAUUACCCCUCCUGCCCCCUUCCAGACUCGAGAUGAAAGACAGAAGGGGAGAAAGUUAAAUCAAUCGCCUCCAUGCGCUGGAUCAGCCCGAGGCUUGGGGAACGGAAUCAGCACAAGGUGGGAGAAGAGACUUUGAGAUCUUUCCACGCAGGAAGAUGGCGGAGUGGAGCUGAGAGCGUGGACCGGGAAAGUUUGGGGCUUUUUGUGUUUCUGUGCGAGCAUCGUGACCCAGAUCGGACACAUGCAGGCCAAAAAACGCUACUUCACCCUGCUCUCCGCCGGCUCCUGUCUCGUCCUUCUCUUCUAUAUAGGGGGCUUGCAGUUUAGGGCUUCGAGGAUCCAGAGCAGGGGGGAGGAUCGCUUCGGGAAUGGCUUGCAAAGGGUUCCCGAUCACCCGUGGCCUCAUUUCCCCGACCCCCUGCACCACUUCACCCAGUGGGAUCAGGGGGAGAGCGAGGAUUACCGCAGCCAGGUGCCCCCCAGGCACAAGCGAGAUGCCAACUCCAGCGUGUACAAGGGCAAGAAGUGCCGCAUGGAGUCCUGCUUCGACUACAGCUUGUGCAAGAAGAACGGCUUCAAGGUGUACACCUACCCCCAGCAGAAGGGCGACAAGAUCUCCGAAAGUUACCAAAACAUCCUAUCGGCCAUCGAGGGCUCCCGCUUUUAUACGUCGGACCCCAGCCAGGCUUGCCUCUUUGUCCUGAGCCUGGACACUCUAGACAGAGACCAGUUGUCCCCCCAAUAUGUGCACAACCUCAAGUCAAAAGUCCAGAAUUUGCACCUGUGGAACAAUGGUAGAAAUCAUUUAAUUUUUAAUUUAUACUCCGGGACGUGGCCGGAUUACACCGAAGACGUCGGCUUCGAUAUCGGCCAGGCCAUGCUCGCCAAGGCCAGCAUCAGCACAGAAAAUUUCCGCCCUCAUUUUGAUGUUUCUAUUCCGCUCUUUUCUAAAGAUCACCCCAGGACAGGUGGCGAGAAGGGGUUCCUCCGAUUUAACACGAUCCCUCCCAUUAGGAAGUACAUGCUGGUGUUCAAGGGGAAAAGGUACUUGACCGGAAUAGGGUCAGACACGAGGAAUGCCUUAUAUCACGUUCAUAAUGGCGAGGAUGUUGUCCUCUUGACCACCUGCAAGCACGGCAAAGACUGGCAGAAGCACAAGGACUCUCGCUGUGACAAGGAUAACGCCGAGUAUGAGAAGUAUGAUUAUCGUGAAAUGCUGCACAAUGCCACUUUCUGUCUGGUCCCCCGUGGCCGCCGGCUCGGAUCCUUCCGGUUUUUGGAGGCUCUGCAGGCUGCGUGUGUUCCGGUGAUGCUUAGCAAUGGAUGGGAGUUGCCGUUCUCUGAAGUGAUUGAUUGGAACCAAGCAGCAGUCAUCGGGGAUGAGAGAUUAUUAUUACAGAUUCCCUCUACAAUCAGAUCUAUCCAUCAGGAUAAAAUCCUAGCACUUAGACAGCAGACUCAGCUUCUGUGGGAGGCUUACUUCUCCUCCGUCGAGAAGAUUGUAUUGACUACUCUAGAGAUUAUUCAGGACAGAAUCUUCAAGCACAUAUCACGCAACAGCUUAAUGUGGAACAAGCACCCUGGAGGGCUAUUCGUCCUGCCCCAGUACUCAUCGUGUCUAGAAGACUUUCCGUAUUACUACGCUAAUCUAGGUGUGAAGUCACCUUCCAAAUUCACGGCUGUCAUCCACGCAGUAACACCAUUAGUGUCCCAGUCCCAACCGAUCCUGAAGCUGCUGGUCGCGGUAGCGAAAUCACAGUACUGUCAUCAGAUCAUAGUCUUGUGGAAUUGUGACAAGCCGCUCCCUGCCAAACACCGCUGGCCUGCCACUGCCGUGCCUGUCAUAGUCAUUGAAGGGGAGAGCAAGGUUAUGAGCAGUCGCUUUCUCCCUUACGAUAACAUUGCGACAGAUGCUGUUCUCAGCCUCGAUGAAGACACGGUGCUUUCUACCACUGAGGUGGAUUUUGCCUUUAUGGUUUGGCAGAGCUUCCCGGACAGGAUUGUAGGCUACCCGGCUCGUAGUCAUUUCUGGGACAGUGCGAAGGAGCGGUGGGGCUACACAUCCAAGUGGACGAAUGACUACUCCAUGGUACUAACAGGAGCUGCUAUCUACCACAAAUAUUAUCACUACCUGUACACAAACUACUUGCCUGCCAGUCUAAAAAACAUGGUGGACCAAUUAGCCAAUUGUGAAGAUAUCCUCAUGAACUUCCUGGUGUCAGCAGUGACCAAGCUGCCGCCAAUCAAAGUGACUCAGAAGAAGCAGUAUAAGGAGACCAUGAUGGGACAGACUUCCAGAGCGUCCCGCUGGGCAGAUCCUGACCACUUUGCCCAGAGACAGACUUGUAUGAAUACGUUUGCCAGCUGGUUUGGCCAUAUGCCGUUGAUCCACUCACAGAUGAGACUCGAUCCAGUCCUUUUUAAAGAUCAAGUUUCUAUCCUGAGGAAGAAAUACCGCGACAUUGAACGACUUUGAGUUAUACUGCCACAGACUGAGCCUCUUGCCCGGCGCUAACAGAUUAUACAUAUGGACGACUUGCUGUACAAGGACGAUAUGCAGCAUCAACACAAGGGAAGCCAGGGCCAACGGGGGGGCCACGACUGCGUGUCGGGACCCCCCGUGUGCUGGACUGCUUACAGCCCCUCAAGCUUCGUCGUCUCAGAACUAGGCUGUGUACAGUUUAAUUAUGGAACAUUAAAUAAUUAUUUUUGAAAUGAUUGCUAUGCAGGUUUAAACUUUUUUAAUGAACAAAAACUAUUAAAAUCAGAGAUCUUUCUUUAA